AUGUCUUUGGUGGACUUGGGGAAGCGAUUGCUAGAAGCAGCAAGAAAAGGCCAAGAUGAUGAAGUGAGAACAUUGAUGGCAAAUGGUGCCCCAUUCACUACUGACUGGCUUGGAACAUCACCCCUCCACCUUGCAGCCCAGUAUGGUCAUUAUUCCACAGCAGAAGUGCUCCUUCGAGCAGGAGUUAGCAGGGAUGCCCGGACCAAAGUGGACAGGACCCCCUUGCACAUGGCUGCAGCUGAUGGACAUGCACACAUCGUGGAACUGCUUGUUAGGAAUGGUGCAGAUGUGAAUGCCAAGGACAUGCUGAAGAUGACAGCUUUGCACUGGGCCACAGAGCACCACCACCGAGAUGUUGUAGAGCUGCUUAUCAAGUACGGUGCUGAUGUACAUGCUUUUAGCAAGUUUGAUAAGUCUGCCUUUGACAUAGCCCUGGAAAAAAACAAUGCUGAGAUUCUGGUUAUUCUCCAGGAAGCAAUGCAGAAUCAGGUGAAUGCUAAUCCUGACAGAGCCAACCCUAUGAGUAACGCUGUGACCAUGGCUGCUCCGUUCAUCUUGACAUCAGGAGAAGUUGUCAACCUUGCUAGUCUUGUUUCUUCAGCUAACACCAAAGCAACUUCAGGUGGCCCCCAGGCCUCAGCAGUACAGUUCUCAAAUUCUACCACCUCAGUGCUGGCCACUCUUGCAGCUCUUGCUGAUGCAUCAGCCCCCCUCUCCAACUCACACAAAGCCACAGGCAAUUCAGAAGAAAUCAUAGAAGGAAAUUCUGUUGAUUCUUCAGUUCAGCAAGUGGUGGAGAGUGGAGGACAAAGGGUCAUCACCAUAGUGACUGAUGGAGUCCCUCUGGGUAAUCUCCAAACUGCUCUCCCUCCUGGAGGCAUUGGGCAGCCAUUUAUUGUAACUAUGCAAGAUGGGCAGCAAGUUCUAACUGUACCUGCUGGUCAGGUUGCAGAGGAGACUGUAAUUGAAGAGGAAGAGAAAGUAGAAGCAGAGAAGUUGCCAUUGUCUAAGAAACCAAGGAUGGAAGAAAUGACAAACAAUGUGGAGCAAAGGAAGGAAGGCAGUGAAAGAGCACUACUACAGCAACAACUCCAGGAGGCCAACCGAAGAGCUCAGGAAUACCGACACCAGCUCCUAAAGAAAGAGCAAGAGGCAGAACAGUACCGCCUCAAGCUGGAAGCCAUGGCCCGACAGCAACCCAAUGGAGUUGAGCUCACCGUGGUUGAAGAGGUAGCUGAGGUAGCUGCUGUCGUAAUUACAGAAGGAGAGGUAGAAGAAAGAGGGACAGAAAUGACUGGGCCGGCAGAGACCAUGGAGCCUCAUACUGGAGUUUCCAUGGAAACCAUUACAUCUUAA